CGGGCGUGUCCGCGCCUGGCUUGCUUCGAAGGCCCAGACCCGAGACCCUGCGCGGGAGUUUUUGCAGUGUUCCGCAAGUUAGCGAGUCUGGUCCCGCUCUCUCCGUCAUGUGCCUGGAGCUUUACCUGGACCUGCUGUCCCAGCCCUGCCGCGCCAUCUACAUCUUCGCCAAGAAGAACGGUAUCCCCUUCCAGCUGCGCACCGUGGAGCUGCGCAAAGGCCAGCACCUCAGUGAUGAUGCCUUUGCCCGGGUGAACCCCCUGAAGAAGGUGCCAGCCCUGAAGGAUGGGGACUUCACCUUGACUGAGAGUGUGGCCAUCCUACUCUACCUGGUGAACAAGUACAGGGUCCCUGACUACUGGUACCCUCAGGACCCACAGGCCUGUGCGCGUGUGGAUGAGUACCUGGCAUGGCAGCACACGACCUUGAGGAGAAACUGCCUCCGGGCCCUGUGGCACAAGGUGAUGUUGCCUGUUUUCCUGGGUGAGCAAGUACCUUCUGAACUGCUAGCAACCACCUUGGCAGAGUUGGAUGAGACCCUGCAGGUGCUCGAGGAGAAGUUCCUCCAGCACAAAGCUUUCCUUGCUGGGCCCCAGAUCUCGCUGGCUGACCUGGUAGCCAUCACGGAGCUGAUGCAUCCCGUGGGGGCUGGCUGCCAAGUCUUUGAAGGCCGGCCGAAGCUGGCUGCGUGGCGCCGGCGAGUGGAGGCCACAGUCGGGGAGGACCUCUUCCGGGAGGCCCAUGAAGUCAUCCUGAAGGUGAAGGACACACCACCUGCUGACCCCACCAUAAAGCAGAAGAUGCUGCCUAAGGUGCUGGCCAUGAUCCGGUGAGCUGGGAAGUCUCACCUCUGCUGUGCCCCAGAGUGCGGCUUAAGGAGCGCCUUUAUUUCCACUGCCCAGACAGCAAGCAGGACUGGCUUGCCCUUGAAAUAUCACACCGUGGCCUCCCCAGGCCAGAGGUCCAUCCCCUCUCCCAUUUCCAUAGCAGCCUGAAAACGACCCAUGAUGCAUGUCCAAGCCUUUAAUCACUACAUUGUGUAAGUUUAUAUAAUAAACCUAGGCCCUAUCUG